AUUCUAUUAAAAAAAUUAUGAAAAAAGAAAAUUAGAUCGACAUCUUUUGUGAAGAUGACCAGCACUUUCAUAAAGGAGAAUAAAUUAAAUACUUGAUGGUAAAAUAAGAUAAAGGCUCUAUUAAAAAAAGACUUUUUUGUGAUGAAUGUUUUUUAGGAAAAUACAGUUCUUACUAAUAAUAUUGUUGUGAUGUCUAGGAAGUAUUUGAUAUUCUUAUUAAACUUAAGUUAAUAAAUGGUAACAUUUAUGAAUCCUUCAAAAACACAAAAUUUGAUAGUAAUUGUAAAUAAGAAUAUUUCAAUUAUGCCAAAAAUCACUUUCCUUAUUUAAAAAAAGAAUUUAUUUAAAAUGUAUGGAUUUAAUAAUAUUUAGAUGAUAACUAGGGUUAGGGAAGAAAUUACAUCAAUAAUUGAUGAUCUUGAAUAAGACCUUUUGGAAUAAAGUGCUAUUUAUUGUGAGAAUAUUAAAAAUUGGACAUCAAGUGAAACUCUUCAUGAAUAUUUUAACUGUGAUGAGUUGAGAAGAAAAUUGUUAGACAUUGAAUUUGAAAGAAGUCCUUUAAAAUUUGAAGAAUUAAAUAUUUCAGCUGAAGCAUAUGUCAAGAAAAUUAAUACUUAAGGAGAAAAAGAAUAGAAAAUAUUUUAAAUAGAUGGUAUAAUUGAAAAAUAGAAAAAAUUGUAAGUCAUAAUUUUAUUCAUUAGUUUUAAUUUAGAAAGAUUUGAUAAUAAUUUUAAUGAAUUAUUAAAGACAAUUUAAACAAUGAGGGAAAGAACAUUUUCAGAAUAUACAUUUUCACAAUCCUCAUUAGCCACUCCAUAUAUUAAGAAUAUCAUUUAAAGAAUAGCACAAACACCAGAAUAAGAGGAGAAAUUCCACAAAGCUUUGAACAGAAUUUAUAGAUUUACUAAGGCUGGAUCAAAUUAUAAAACUUUAUAAUAAAUCGAUUAAUUAAAAAACAAAGAUACAUUAACAAUUAUUUAAACUAAGAAUAAAUGUAUUUUUGGGGUUUAUAAUUGUUAUGCUUAAUCAGAGAAAUCAUUUCUAUUUUAAAUGAACAAAGAAAAAAUAUUUCCAUUAAAGAGAAAUAAGUAACCUUUUCAAUUAAACUAAUAAACUGAUUUGUCAACAUGGAUUAUGAAUUUUGGAGAGGGAGAUAUCCUUAUAAAUUCAACAUUCACCUAAUGUAGUUCUAAUUUCGGGAAUGGAUUUGAUAUAGAUGGAACUGAGAUAUGGAAUAGACAAGAAUAUCUUUCAGAUUCCUUAUUUUUUGAUAUAUACGAUAUGGAAAUUUUUGAAUUUAAAACUUAAGAUUAACCUUAAGCUCCUCCAUUUGUUGUAAUUCAACCUGGACCUCCAAUUGUUGUACCUCAACCUGGACCUCCAACUGGUGUACCUGCAGCUGGACAUCCAAAUGGUGGAUUUACACCUCUUGGAUUUACACCUAUACAAGGACUUCCACAAAUGCGCCCUACAACAGUAAAUCCUAAUACAGUAAAUCCUAAUACAAAUCCUGCUAAUCAAGCAAAUCCACGAUUUACUGUUUACAACCCCAAUUAAUGAGAUAAUAAUACAAAAG